GCUUCUCGUUAGCAUUGCUUUAUCCUACGUUCCUUCUCUCAAUUAUCCUCCCUUCCGACUUGUGAGGCUGUGACAUCCUCCCCUGUACACUACAUUCCAGGCCCAUCGACGAGUUCGCUCCCGUGUGUGCGCGCGCGCGUCAUACGCCACAGCGGCGAAACCGGCAAAUCACUAAUUCAGCUUCAGCUUCAGCUUCGCCUUUUCUUUUAUUUUUUUGGCUGGUGCUGUCUCUAUAGCAUACCAAUCACACCUAUUUUACGACUGGAAGUACACAGUACUCGUAAUACCUAAUCAAUCGAUCGAUCGUUUGAAUCGCCACGAACUAAUUGCAACCCAAUCGGAACGAAUCGACGAAGCCCUCCUACACAACCCACCAAUAUCCUUCUCUCGCUAAUCCUCUCCCCCCAUUUACAAGAAUGAUCAACACGGCGGUCGAGCAGAACCGCUCUAGGACGGGGAAGAUGGGUCCGGAGGCAGACAAUCUGGAGGAGAUGGAUGGACAGGCGAAGGCGUUGAUGCAUUUGUUGAAUACGAGUGAGGUCUUCGUGGCGAUUAUGGCGGAUAAAAUGAAGAAACAGCAGGAAGAGGCGCGGUUGGAGGCUUUGAGGGAGCAGCAGAGCAAGGAGCUGCGAGUUCCGGAGGGUAAAGUGCCUGAGAAUGGGAAGGAGACGGGGAAGGGGGAGACGAAGGGUAGUUCGGUGGUGAAUGGGGCCGGGGCGAAGAGGCAGACCAGGACGAGUGCGAGGCAACAGCAACAGCAGCAGCAGCAGCAGCAGCAGGCUGUGGGUCAGGAUGAGGGUGGUGCUGGUGGUGGGAAGGAGGAGAUGGAUGAGGCACAACAGCAACCGGCUAUCACCACCAAGCCGAAGCGAGGGCGCGGGCGAAAGCCGGCUUCGACCGGCAAUACCAUCUCCAGCUACUUCCGAAAGGCGGAUGUGAAGGUUGACGAGGAGAAGCCGACUGUCCAGGAAGCGUUGGAGCAUGCGGCCGAUGAGUAUGAGGCGAAUCCGACGGCGUUGGGCGGGCAGGAGCUGGUGGCGACGCAGCAGCCCGAAUUGGUGACGGGGGGCCGGAUGAAGAAGUAUCAGCUGGAGGGAUUGGAGUGGUUGAAGUCUCUGUGGAUGAAUGGGUUGUGUGGGAUCCUCGCGGAUGAGAUGGGGCUCGGCAAGACCGUGCAGGCGAUCUCGUUGUUGGCUUUCUUCAAGGAAAAGAAUGUCUCGGGCCCCUUUCUGAUUGCGGCGCCGUUAAGUACGGUGAGUAACUGGGUCGAUGAGUUCGCCAAGUGGACGCCUGGUAUCAAGACGGUCCUGUAUCAUGGGACCAAGGAUCAGCGCGCGGAGAUCAGGAGGAAGUACAUGAAUAUGAGGAAUCAGAGGGAUAUGGACUUUCCCGUGGUGUGCACCUCUUACGAGAUCUGCAUGAAUGAUCGAAAGUUCCUGGCGCAGUAUCAGUGGCGCUAUAUCAUUGUGGACGAGGGACACCGCUUGAAGAACAUGAACUGCAAACUCAUCAAGGAGCUCCUCACCUACAACUCGGCCAAUCGUCUUCUUAUCACCGGUACCCCAUUGCAGAACAACAUCACCGAGCUGUGGUCACUACUGCACUUCCUGCUCCCGGAGAUUUUCAAUGAUCUGAACAGCUUCCAGAGCUGGUUUGACUUCUCCUCUAUGCUGGAUAACAGCGGCCAGACGGAUGUCAUGGAGCGUCGGAAGCGCACCCUAGUCUCCACCAUGCACUCCAUCCUGAAGCCCUUCCUCCUCCGGCGCGUAAAGACCGACGUCGAGACGUCCCUGCCCAAGAAACGAGAGUACAUUCUUUAUGCCCCCUUGACAGCGGAACAGAAAGACCUCUACCGCGAGAUUCUCAACGGCACGGGCCGGCAGUACCUCGAAGAGAAAGCUACCGAGCGACUCUUGGCCCAGAACGGCAGAUUAUCCCGCUCGCAGAGCCUGAAGCGAAGCGCAGAACCGAGCGAAGCCUCCUCCCCCAACAAGAGCGUCAAAUCAAGUCGUGCCUCCACUCCAGCUAGUGGAGGUCGGGCAGCCAGACGCAGCAGGGGCCCACAGAGCUACAAGGAGUUAAGUGAUCGAGAAUUCAACACGAAGCUGCGGAAACUCGAGCAGGGACUGGAGGAGGAUCUAGACAUCGAGGAACCAAGCGAGACCGAACAAGAGGAGCUGGAGAGGGCCAAGACCAUCAAACUUGCCAAAAAAGAGAUUGCGCAAAAGAAGUUGCAAAACCCAAUCAUGCAAGCACGCCUGGCCUGCAACUCCCCGCACAAUUUCUACUGGCCUUGGGACAGCGCGGACGCCAUCGACGAAACGCUAGUGACCGCGUCAGGCAAGAUGCUGCUCCUCGACCGGCUGCUCCCAGCUUUACUCUCCAAAGGCCACAAGGUGCUCAUCUUCUCGCAGUUCAAAACGCAGCUCGACAUCCUACAGGACUGGGCGACGCACCUGCGGGGUUGGCCAUGCUGCCGCAUCGACGGCGCGGUCAGCCAGGAGGACCGGCGCGCGCAGAUCCAGGCUUUCAACACUCCGGACGGCGACACCAAGCUGUUCCUGCUGAGCACGCGGGCCGGCGGACAAGGCAUCAACCUGGUCGCGGCUGACACGGUGAUCCUGUUCGACUCGGACUGGAACCCGCAGCAGGACCUGCAGGCGCAGGACCGCGCCCACCGCAUCGGCCAGACCAAGCCCGUCCUCGUGUACCGGCUCGCCACCAAGGGCACCGUCGAGCAGACCCUGCUGGAGAAGGCCGACUCCAAGCGCCGCCUCGAGCGCCUCGUCAUCCAGAAGGGCAAGUUCCGCAGUCUGCUCGAUGCCGCGCCGGACGCCUCCGCUGCUGCGUUCAAGCAGAGCGAGCUCGACGACCUCCGCAAGGCCCUCGGCGAGGACGAGUACGAGCGCUUCGACCUCGGCGCCGACCCCUCCGCCAUCUUGUCGGACGCCGACCUGCUCGUCUUGACCGACCGCAGCGAGGAGGCCUAUGCCCGCGCCGAGAAGGGCCUGGAUACCGGCGGAAGGGCCUACAUGGCCGUCGAAACUAAGCGCGAUGGGAAUGGAUUGAUGGCUCAGAUUAUUGGCAAGUAGACUUAUCUUCUUUUCUGCUCCGUUGCCUGUCUCGCCGCACUCGAUUUCGGUUUGGGUGGUUUGAGGGUGUGCAUACUUCAGCGCGGUUAAGCAUAGUGCGUUCCUGGUAUUGCUUUUGGGCUGGUUGGCUGUAAAAUUAGACAAGAUGGUGGCGUUAUAAAGGCAGUUUUGUAUGUUGUUUGGUUUGCUUGUAUGGGACAUCUCAUUGUAUAUGGGUACUGUACAUUGAUUUUUUAGUUUGAAC